CGGAAAAGAGGAAAAUGAAAGGGCAAAUUUCAUUAAAAGUCAAAUUGUCAUUAAAAGCUUUGAUGAUCAUUCUAAUACUGAAGGAAGUGAAAUGUAACACUGAUGCAUGUCUUGUUUCAAGACAAACUAUGAAUAUUGUUUCAAACUGUCCAACCCGUGAGGCAGAAUGGAUGGAAGCAUCUGAAAGAAAAAACUGUUCAGCUUUAGCCAGCCAGUGUAGUGAACCUGACAAGGUGUUUGUCUACCACUGUGUCAUUAAUCCAUUUGUGAAUCAAACACUAGAAGUGUGCGCAUAUGGGAAGUACAUUGUUUUGGGUCAUUGUACAGAGUACAGCUACCUUGGCAACAUUGUCCAGGAGAAUUAUGACACAGAUUGUUCCAGUUUCACCCAUAAAUCAUGUCCUACUAGAUAUCAUUCUACAGAGGCGUACAAAUAUCCUGAUUGCUAUGAGCUAACAAAGAAAUCAACAAUGCAAAUUCCAACUACAACACCCUCUGAGCAAACUUCCGUAUAUGUACCAACUCAAAAUGUGUCUGUAGUAGGAGGGAUGGAAAUAGAAUAUAUGCAAUAUAACAGUUGUGGUGAUGGAUGUAUAAUUGGAAUCGUUGUUGGUCUGGUGAUUUUGAUCGGAACUCUUGCAGUAAUUGUUGCAGUUAGAAGACGUAAAGGACAGUAUACUUCUGUUUGCAGACACAGUAGAAAAGAAAAAGAAACCCUUGCAUAAAAUUGAAAAUUCAGAAAGAAGACAUGCUGAUGAACAACUUAAAGAAUUUUGUGCAAGGAUACUUAUGGUGUUUGAAAAACAACGGAGAUUCACAAAAGAAAUACAAAUUUUUAAAAUGACUUGAUUGCAUCAAUUAAUCAAUGUAUUAAAGAUGCAUAUAUUUCUCCUGGAAGGUACUGUGUACUUCAAAAGUAUGAGGAUAUCAUUUUGUUAUCUUACAAACUUUAAAAAAGAUAAAAGUUAUAAAAGAUAAAAGUCAUACUGAUAAUUUUUAUGUGGGUCUUUUGUUAUGUAUUUUUGUGCGUUGUCGUCCUUUUGAGCACCAUGCGUUAACAUGUGAACAUAUCAGCUUUUUAUCUGGAACUACUGAUCCUCCAAUUUUGGUACCCAGUUUUUUGGUGCGAAGGAAUGCAAAAAUGUUCCAACCCCAACCCCCCAACCCCUUUCCCCUCUUCUAUCCCAAGGGAUGGUACCAAAACCAUUAAAUUCAAUGCAAUCUACCAAAAACGUAUUUAUUCCUUGACAUCAGAUGAUCAAACUGUUGGCAUGAAUAUAAUAGGUAUCAAAACUGAAAUUCUUGAAACCAAGGUAAGACUUUUAAGGUGGGAGCUAUUUAUCAUAUAAUGAUAGUGUCUCAAUCGGUUACACUUCCUCUACAUAAGCAAGGGUGUCUCUUCCAGAGUUGUUAAAUUCAUGGCACCCUGGGUCAGGGACUCUUGUAUUCAUGGAAAUGUCUGUUGAUCAUGUAGCGAAAUAGCUGCAGAUCUGUAGCUUUCCGAAAGAAAAAAAAUGACCAGAGAGCUACAGUACAUGUACCACCAAAAGGAAAAAAAGAGCUUUAGAUUUAUAGCGCACAAAAAAGUGCGCUCAAUUCUGGAUUUAUUUCUUCUUAUUGUUAUCUCAAUUGCACAAAAAAACUCGAUUAAAAAAUAUUAGACCUCUAUAUCUUGUGCACGAAGCAGUUAUACCAAAUACUAGGCAAAAUGGCAGAACUAAUGUAGGCGAAAUUUUUCAAAACUCACAAUAUCACACUCAGGAGAGCUAUUAACAAUGGUAAUGGGGAAUAUUUUGUUUUGGAAUUGGUAAAAUAAUAUGUUAGCAACGGACAUUUAGUUAUAUUUUAGUUUAAAUAUACAUAGAAAUACAUCGAGAAACGGUCAGUCUACUUUUUGUGUGCAGUAAAUGUACACCUGUUUAAAUAAGUGGCAUUGUAGCUCCCUGUUGUCCAUCCUAAUAUUUUCCGACCAGCUACUGAUUUGUAGCUAAUAGAGAAAAUGCAUUAAUUCUCUGAAAUUCUUCUAGACUCUAGAAAAUCUUAAAACUCUUGGUAUUAAGCAGAUAAACUAAGUAAUGGUCCUGAUGAUUAAGGGUGCUUCUUUCAAAAUCGUGAAAUUCACGGGUCCAGAGUAAGGGAUUCUGGUGUUAGGGGUUAACCCUAUUUAUCAUAUGUGUAAUCCAGAAAAUUCAUAGUAGAAAUGUUCGAAAGCAAAACCAACUCAUCAGUAUUGUCAGUCCUUGCUCUGUGAUGUGUACAGAGUUUAACAAAUUGAACACACCCGUGAAACGUGAACUGUUUUUGUAAACUGGGCACGAGCUCUGUUAUUGUUAAUGUUUACGAUUCACCGGGUGUGUUCAAUUGUUAAACUCUGCACACACCACUGAGCACGGACUUACAAUACUGCGAAUGGGUUUUGCUUUUGAACAUUUCUACUCUGAAUUUUCUGGGUUAUAGUUUUAAUAUUUUUCAUUAAUACACAACAAAGUUGCCACUUUUCUUAAGUAUUAAGAAUAAAAUUAAAAUAUGUGAAAGCACAAGGAUGUGUCAAUCCAACGCGUCCAGAAAUUCAAAGUUUUAAUAACUUUGAUAUGAAAUAAGAUUUUUAUUAUAUUUUAGUAUGAAAUGCUCUAGCAAUGUACAUAUAAGUCAUGAAAUUUGAGAAAAUAUUAACUUCAAAUCUGUGUCCAAGCACCUUUAAGUGUAUGUUGUGUUUCAUGCUCAAAUGUUAUUGUAUUUUGUUAUGAUUACAAAUGAGAGUAUAGUCAACACUAUAUAUACUUCUGUUACUAGAUUACGUAUUUAAAUGAUCCCAGGUUAUUUCUCUUACUUAUAUAUAUCUUCUUUUAUCAAUUUAUUAUACUUUAUUAUGUAAUUAUGAAAUUGUCAUUCUAGAGUCCCUUUGCAUUGUUGUAUCAUACUCAUUGUAUCAUACCCUUGGGCCCCUUGUACAUGCACUUAUAUAAGUGAAGGAAAUUAUACAACUUUAAAAUCUCUUGAUGAUGUAAGUUUAAGUAAUCUGUUAAUACCUUUCAUUGAACAAGUACAUUAAAUAUAGCAAAUGUGUAGAAAAAUGGUGCAAUUUUUGAAUCUCUGUGUGUUGUGAAACUAGAAUAAUUUAUGUUUCGUGUAAAUUUAUAAUAUCCUUCAAUUAUAGCUUAAAAAAUGCUUAUUGUUCCUAAUUAUUGUACAUUUAUGUCAGUUGUCGUUGUGCAUCUUCAUUCGAUAGAGCUGAGAAAAAAGAACAGCCUUCAUGACAAUAGAUAUAGAUGAAUUCUAA